AUGGCUCAAGUCGAUAUCCUGGACGUUAUCGUCCUUGUGCUCCUCCUGCUGGGCAGUGUCGCCUAUUUCACCAAGGGAACAUACUGGGGUGUUGCCAAGGACCCCUAUGCCACCUCCGGCCUCAAUGGCAGCGCCUCCAAGAAGGGAUCACGUAAUAUUGUCGAGAAGAUGGAGGAACUGGGGAAGAAUUGUGUCAUUUUCUAUGGCUCCCAAACUGGUACAGCGGAGGAUUACGCUUCACGUCUGGCCAAGGAAGGUCAUGCUCGCUUCGGCCUGAGCACCAUGACUGCCGACCUCGAGGACUACGACUUUGACACACUUGAUACCUUUCCCGAAGACAAGGUAGCUUUCUUCGUCAUGGCCACCUAUGGCGAGGGAGAGCCCACAGACAAUGCCGUCGAAUUCUGGGAAUUCAUCAACGGCGAUCCUCCUUCCUUCUCCCAGGCUGAGGAGGAUCAGCCAUUGAAGAACCUGAAAUAUGUUGCAUUCGGCUUGGGUAACAACACCUACGAGCACUACAACCUCAUGGUCCGCAACUUGGACAAGCAGUUGACCAAGCUCGGUGCGCAGAGGAUCGGCGCCGCCGGUGAGGGAGACGAUGGAGCUGGUACCAUGGAAGAAGACUUUUUAUCCUGGAAGGAACCCAUGUGGGCUGCUCUCACCGAAGCCAUGGGUUUGGAAGAGCGGGAAGCUGUCUACGAACCCGUCUUCAGCGUGGAGGAGAGAGAAGACCUCUCUCCCGAGAGUGACACCGUCUACCUAGGCGAGCCCAACAAAAACCACCUGGAAAACAUGCAGAAAGGCCCGUACAACGCUCAUAACCCGUUCAUCGCCCCCAUCGCCGAGUCUCGGGAGUUGUUCACGGUCAAGGAUCGCAACUGUCUCCAUAUGGAAAUCGACAUUUCGGGUUCCGGCCUCUCUUACACCACCGGCGACCAUAUCGCUGUCUGGCCGACCAAUGCAGGCUUGGAAGUGGAUAGAUUCCUCAAAACUUUUGCUCUGUCGGAGAAGCGUGACCGUGUUAUCACCAUGAAAGGCCUCGAUCCUACUGCUAAAGUUCCUUUUCCCACUCCUACAACUUACGACGCUGCUGUCCGCUACCACAUGGAAAUCUGUGCCCCUGUGUCUCGUCAGUUCUUGGCGACAUUGGCUGCCUUCGCCCCCACCGAGGAGGCUAAGAAGGAAAUGGUUCGCCUGGGCUCUGAUGCGGAUUACUUCAAGGACAAGGUCUCCUCCCACAUGUUGAACAUUGCUCAGGCCGUCUCUGCCGUGCACCCUGGUCCAUGGUCUGCUGUUCCUUUCUCUUGUUUGGUGGAAGGUAUCAACAAGAUCCAACCGCGUUACUACUCGAUUUCAUCGUCAUCUCUCGUCCAGCCAAACAAGGUCUCCAUCACCGCCGUGGUUGAAUCCAUCCGCAUCCCUGGCGCCGGUCACGUCGUCAAAGGUGUCACCACUAACUAUUUGCUGGCAUUGAAGCAGAAACAAAAUGGCGAGCCCGACCCUUCGCCCCACGGUCUUACCUAUGCCAUUAACGGUCCCCGCAACAAGUACGACGGAAUCCACGUACCCGUCCAUGUCCGGCACUCCAACUUCAAGCUUCCUUCCAACCCUAGCAAACCGGUCAUCAUGGUUGGGCCUGGCACUGGAGUGGCUCCAUUCCGAGGUUUCGUUCAAGAACGCGCCGAACUUGCAAAACGGGGCGAAGAUGUGGGAACAACCGUUCUUUUCUAUGGGUGCAGACGUCCGACUGAAGAUUGGCUCUACAAGGAUGAGUGGGAGGAGUACAAGAAGGCUCUUGGAGACAAGCUGCACGUCUUUAACGCCUUUUCUCGGGAAACCUCGAGAAAGGUCUACGUGCAACACCUGAUCCAACAGAACGCCAAGCUGGUCAAUGAUCUUCUGCAACAGAAGGCCAACUUCUACGUGUGUGGUGAUGCUUCGCAUAUGGCUCGAGAGGUGAACGAUAUUCUCGCACAGAUCAUCGCUGCGGAACGCGGAAUCGACGAGAAGAAGGCCGAGCAGGUGGUCAAGAGCAUGCGUAGCAGUGGCGUGUACCAAGAAGAUGUCUGGUCGUAA